ACCUCGUGUUAGAGUUUUCUUCUCCGAACGGAACCGUUCACGUCCUCCCCCUGCAACAAGUGAUAAGGGCGGUGAGUAAGGCGGCGUUGGCGGGUCACGUAACAUGGCGCCCCGUGACGAGGGUACCAGUUUUGCAACGUUAACACCCCACCUUUCUGAGGUUUAGGGUUUAGUGGCUAUACUAGAUUUGGCAUAGAUGAGUUCAUAAAACAGUGGAGUUAACCAUACUAAAAAAAACUUGCUCUCACAAAUGUUAUGUAAAAUGGUGGAAACUGCCUAUAUUAAAGGUGUUUUUAAUAAUACUUAUUUACAUAAAGGAUCAUACCCUUCGGAGAAAAAAUAAAAAAAAAUAAAGUAAAUUUUAGUAAAAUAAGUUAACAAAACAAUAAUCUUAAAAGUAAAGUAGUAAAUAGAUGCUUUUUAUUAGCACUGAUUUGUAAUUCAAAGACACAAAUUAAUUACUAGAAAAUAGAAUGCUAGAAUACGUAUAAACAUCUUGCACUGCUGAUUUUUCUGAUUACAAGAUGAUUUCUGAUAUCAAGCUUAGUAUAAUAUUAUACUUAGGUUUGAUAUUAACAACAAAUUGUGCUUAAAACACAGCAUCCAGUAGAUUACUUGAAAAAAGAAGGGGUUAUUAGUUCAGAAAUGACUGAACAAGUAAGAAAAGAAAAGCAGGCAGAGCAAAGAUUUGAUGAUCUUUGCGAUGAUGAUGAUGAUCUGAUGAGACCUGGAUCUUCAAAUCUUAAAAAAAGUGAACAACAACGGCUGGAAAAAUUUAUAAUGGCUUUUGUUCAGAAAUUUGAAGAAGAGUUAAAAAAGUUCAGAGAACAGGAUGCUGUAGGAGGAACACCAAGAUCAGGUGGAACAAGAAGCAUAGUAGCAGCAGGAGGAGCAGGAGCAGGGGCAGCUAUUGGAUUUGCAUCAGGUAUACCAGGAGCAGCGGCAGGUGGAUCAAAACUAGGGGGAGCUAUUGGCGCAUUAUAUGAUUUUUUUAGAGGUAAAAGUGAUAAACGAAAAGCUAGCAGGAUUAUCGAGGUAUUUGAACAGAUAGAAGAAGAUUCUAUUAGGAGUACAUUGCUUGAAGUUGGUUUUGAUAUUUUUUUUAGUUUCGAAAGUCAAUUUACUACAGUUACUGAUGCUAACGGACUUUUGAAAAGGGGAAUGGAAAAGUUAGCAAUAGAUGCUGUGUACAGAGCAAUAAAUUAUAUAGAUGGCUAUACGAAGAAAAGUGAAUAUAUAGAGAAUUUAUGUCAUUUGAUAACUAAAGGUGUCAUUUUAGGUAAGUCAGAAAACGGAUUUGUUGCUCCAUUGUUUCGUUUUUUUCAAGUAGAUAAACUUAUUAAAGGACAUAAUAUACCAGAAUGGCAGAAAAGAUUUAUACGUAAUCCUGGGCAUACAGUAAAAAAUAAAGAAGAGAAAUGGAAGUCUGCGGAUUUGUAUGAGGGAGUAGGUUUAGUAAUAAUUAAAGACAACGGUGUUUGUAACAAAUACUACAAAAAAAUAGAUGGAGGUAAUGCUGAAAAAUAUGGUUAUCGUCUUCCUUUUGAAUGGGAUGAUAUGGAAAAUUACAUAGAAGAGGACAGACCAUCAGAAGAAUAUAGAUAUACUUUAAAAUCAGGAAAGCUAACGCAAGAGUUAGAUAGGAUAUUACAAAAAAUUAAUGGACCGCCCAGCUGGCCCAACGCCAUAGUGGACGUGACGUUCGCCUCGCCGUCGGUAGCCGGACCGGGGAACUGGCACGUCUCGCCCAAGUACACACAGUCGGAUCACGCGGCCAUUAGUAGAAACCCCACCGCGCAGGCGGACGCCCAUGGCGGGCCCCGCAAGGUGGAGGCCGGAGGCGAGGAUCAGGCGCUGUGCCGCGAGACAGUUUGA